GUUUCGUAACUUUGAAUCUCGUUUGGUUUUCGACUGCAACAUUGAGAAGGGAAGGUCUGGGAAUUGGUAAUGGAGUCACCAUUCAGGGCAGAUAUAGUGAAAGGAAAGGUUUGUUUGAUAACAGGCGGAGGCUCAGGCAUUGGUUUCGAGAUUUCCACACAGUUCGGGAAUCAUGGAGCUUCAGUCGCUAUCAUGGGUCGACGCAAACAAGUCCUUGAUGCCGCCGUCUCUUCUCUUCACUCCCUUGGAAUUAAUGCUGCUGGCUUCGAGGGGGAUGUGCGCAAGCAGGAAGAUGCAAGAAGAGUGGUUGAAUCAACUGUCAAACAUUUUGGCCACCUUGACGUACUUGUGAAUGCUGCUGCUGGCAAUUUUCUUGCGUCUGCUGAGGAUUUGUCCCCUAAUGGGUUUAGAACAGUUAUGGAUAUUGAUUCUGUCGGCACAUUCACGAUGUGCCAUGAAGCACUCAAGUAUCUCAAAAAGGGAGGACACGGUAGGAACUCCUCUGGGGGUGGAUCAAUUUUGAAUAUUAGUGCUACUUUACACUAUACAGCUACUUGGUACCAAAUUCAUGUUUCUGCAGCCAAGGCAGCCGUUGAUAGCAUUACUAGAAACUUGGCACUUGAGUGGGGAUCUGACUAUGAUAUUCGCGUCAAUGGUAUCGCCCCAGGCCCUAUUGGUGAUACCCCUGGUAUGAGUAAACUAGUACCAGAUGAGAUUAAAAGCAAAACUUUGGAGCACAUGCCUUUGUAUAAAGAAGGGGACAGAUGGGAUAUUGCUAUGGCAGCUCUCUACCUUGUUUCAGAUGCUGGUAAAUAUGUCAAUGGCACUACCCUUGUAGUUGAUGGAGGACUUUGGCUGAGCCAGCCUCGCCGUCUGCCAAAAGAGGAAGUAAAGCAGAUGUCUCGGGCAAUCGAAAAGAGAUCUAGAGAUAAACUAGUCGGAGUUCCUACCAGCAAGCUCUAAGCCGACAUGGAUGGGGCAUCUAAAUGCUUCAACAUAUAGUUCUAAACCCAUGGUUUCAUAUCUGAACAUUUCAAA